AUGGCUUCGUCCUCGAAUGAGAAGUUUCAGGCUGGUGCCUCGUACGGAGAUGACGAGCAAAGUUCCGCGAGCUUCUUCUCUGACCCUGUGAAGGUGGCUGCAGACAUACUGAAAGAUUACGCCUCGGUUCGCAGCCAGACAUCCCAGGCUGAGCUCGUGGGUGUCAUCAAGUCGACAACUGAGGUCCUGAUUGGAAUCCUGACAUCCCUUCCUUCCACCUCAAAGGCCCGAGUACAGCUCACGAACAAGCUCAUCGACACGCUUUGGGACAACCUUCAGCAUCCACCCCUAAGCUACGUCGGCGGUGAUGUCCACUAUGAGGUCGUUGAUGCGAACGCGUCCAAGGAAAAGGCCGAGCCCGCCGACUUCAUUGAGUUCAAGGCCCCAGACAGUGAAGUCACCCUGCGUGAGCACAUACCACAAGCUCCAGAUGGCCUUUACCAGUACAGAAUGCCCGAUGGGAGCUACAACAACAUCCUCGAGCCCAACCUGGGCAAGGCCGGCACUCCCUACGCCAAGACAGUCAAGACAGUCAAGACACUCCAUGGUGUCAAGCCUGACCCAGGUCUGCUUUUCGACCUCUUGAUGGCCCGUGACGAUGGAUCCUUCAAGGAGAACCCCGCAGGAAUCUCGUCCAUGCUGUUCUAUCAUGCCUCCAUCAUCAUACACGACAUCUUCCGAACCAAUCGCACCAACAUGAACAAGUCAGACACCUCGUCCUAUCUAGACCUGGCUCCUCUGUAUGGCUCCUCACUCAAAGACCAACUGGAGGUGCGCACCAUGAAAGAGGGCAGGCUGAAACCGGAUACUUUCCACGAACGGCGGCUCCUUGGGCAACCUCCAGGUGUCAGCGUCAUGCUAGUCCUCUACAGCCGGUUCCACAACUACGUCUGCGACAUUCUGCUCAAGAUUAAUGAGAAUGGCCGCUUCACGCUGCAGUGUCCUGCGGAUGCCAACCCCGAGGACAAGGCGAAAGCGGUCGCCAAGCAAGACCAUGACUUGUUCAACACGGCUCGCCUGAUUGUCGGUGGACUCUACGUCAACAUCAGCCUACACGACUACUUGCGUGCCAUCACCAACACCCACCACUCUAGUAGCGACUGGACACUGGACCCUCGCGUCGCAAUCGACAAGCAGAUCGACGGCGAGGGUGUGCCACGCGGUGUCGGCAACCAAGUCAGCGUCGAGUUCAACUUGCUGUACCGCUUCCACGCCUGCAUCUCGAAGAAGGACGAGCGCUGGACCAACGAGUUCUUCACCCAGCUCUUCCCUGACCGGAAAGCGGAAGACCUGCAGAACGUCGGCAUGGCCGAGCUCGGCCGGGCGCUGGUCAACUUUGAGCAGUCCAUCCCAACCGACCCCAGUGUCCGCGGGAUUGGCAACCUCCAACGUCAAGAAGACGGGACCUUCAAGGACGAGGAUCUUGUUCGCAUCCUGAAGGAGGCUAUGGAAGACCCUGCCGGCUGCUUCGGUGCUAAGAUGAUUCCCAAAGCACUGAAGAUCGUCGAGAUCCUGGUCAUCAACCAGGCUCGCAAGUGGCAGGUUGGGUCGCUGAACGAGUUCCGGGAGUUCUUUGGCCUAAAGAGAUACGACAAGUUCAUCGAGAUCAACUCGAACCCCGACAUUGCCAACCUGCUCGAGAAGCUGUACACGGACCCUGACAUGGUGGAGCUCUACCCAGGUCUGAUGAUUGAGGACAUCAAGCCCGUCCGCAAUACUGGUAGCGGUAUUUGCCCGACAUAUUCGGUUGGCCGAGCUGUCCUCUCAGAUGCAGUCACGCUCGUGCGGUCAGAUCGGUUCAACACCCUGGAUUAUACAGUCUCGAACCUGACUGCGUGGGGCUACAAUGAGGUGCAGCAGGAUUAUAAGACCCUCGGCGGCUCAAUGCUGUACAAGCUCAUCCAGAGAGGCCUCCCACGUUGGUUCCCGUAUAACUCUGUCGCUGUCAUGCAGCCCAUGUAUACGAAGAAGGCCAACGAGGCUAUCGCCAAAGAAAUCGGCACAUUCCACCUAUACACGACAGAUGACCCCAAGCCACCGCCCAAGCCCGUUGUGGUCGUCUCAAGUUCAGCCAUCAAGCAGGUGCUCGACAACCCCAAGCAAUUCGUCCUGCCAUGGCUCAGACCGCUCCAGUCCAUGUUUACCGACACAAAGAAAGACAUCAGCUGGUUCAUGCUCUCAGGCGACGAGCAGAAGAACCAGCAGCACCGCAUCGACAUGAAGAAGGCAAUAGGCAAGCUGCCCAACCUCCACAACGCAAUCCAUGAGUUCGUCGACCGGGUGGGCACGCAGCUCAUCGAGAAGGAGACCUUCAAGCUCAGGGAGGGCCUCUACCACAUGGACAUCAUCCGGGACAUCGCGAUCCCGCUGAACAUCCAGCUUCUCGCGGACCUCUUCUACUUCGACCUCCUCACCGACGAGAACCCGAGCGGCAAGCUCGGCACCGCCGAGCUCUACCGCCACCUGCUCAACGUCCGCAUCUGGGGCGUCAACGACAACGACCCGGCACAGUCGUGGAACCGGCGCCGCCGCGCGAUCGAGAGCGUCAAGGUCAUCAUCGACUCUACCCGCACGCUCGUCAACGAGGUCUCGGCUGGAAAGGGCCUAGGCUUCGGCAUCGGCAAUGCCAUCUCCAGCGCGGUUGGCCGGAGGGCGAACUUCAAGAAGGAUUCGCUUCGCUCGUGUGGAUACAAGUUCGUCGAGGAGCUGUUGGCACAGGCUAACUCGGCUGACAAAGUAGUCGACAACCUGUGGCUUACAGCUUUCGGCGGUACCGGCGUUCCUGUCACAGUGUUCUACGAAGUCUUGGAGUUCUUCCUGAGGCCUGAGAACGCAGGCAUCUGGGCUGAGGUCCAGACCAUUGUGGAGAAUAAGGACGACGAGAGACUCCACGCGUAUGUCGCCGAGGCACAACGCCUCACCAGCACACAGCGCAACAUGCGCGUUGCUGUGGCACCAGCCGAGCUUGACGGCCAGAAAGUCGAACCGGGAAAUGCUAUCAUCAUGCUCCUUGGCGAAUCUGGCCGCAACCCGAAAGAGUUCGCCGACGCCGACAAGUUCGACCCGCAGCGCAAGAAGGAGCCCGUCUCCUCCUUCAGCUACGGCCAGCACGAAUGCUUCGCCAAGGACCUGGUGACGACCUUCAUCGUCGGACUCGUCAGGCUCGUUGCUGGCCUCAAGCAACUUCGUCCCGCCCCAGGUCAGAUGGGCGUGGUGAAGACGAUCCACGUUGGUUCCGAGAAGGCCUACCUGAACGACAGCUGGUCGUACCUCAGCUUCGACGCUAGCACCUGGAAGGUUCACUUCGAUGGACACGGCAAGGGUGCGUAUCAAGGCGAUUCGACGCCCAACAAGCCCAUCGAUCUGGGACAGUACUACUACUUGAUCAAGAAACGCAAUGACGAGUUCCUCGACAAAGCAGCUGGUAUCCUUACCUGA